AUGCAAAAGGGACUGACUGGGCCCAAAUUGAGCUGGGAUGAUAGACAGAAAAAUCUGAUCGAAUGGUUGAGCACAUGCGAGGAGUUUAGAGUCAACAAAAGUGUUUUUUUGCGGGACGAUUCAAAAUCGGGAAGAGGAUUAUAUUUGAAAUCUGGAAAAAUAAGAAAAGAUGAAAUUGUUGUGUCUAUACCGAGCGAACGCCAACUGAAUUUUAAUACUGUUUCUUAUCACAUCUCCAAAUUUAAUCCUGCUGUAUCUUUUGACGGUAUUGACUCCCAAGAUUUGAAACCACCAGUUGACAAAGACGACCCUAGGUUCACACUAUACAAUGUGCUCGACAACGAGGUGCUCGGAAACUUAAGCUCUUUUCAACUGCUUUCUCUGUACAUUUUAUUCGAGUGGAAAAUGCUUCCUUGCUGGAAUACUGUUUCAUUUUGGAAGCCCUUUUUCGACGUUUUCCCAACUUUUGACGAGCUUAAUUCGAUCCCUGCCCUUUGGAUCCUUGAUCCAAGAUCUAAAAAUCAAGAACUAUUUGACUUACUUCCUUCUUCAUCCAAAGCUCAUGCCAAAAGAAUAGCGAGUCAAGUCGAAGAUGAUUGGCUUGUGAUCAAGUCCUUUGUAGAAAUUUGGCGGACUGCAAUUGCCGAAGAACAUCGUCCUGCAAUGGAGGCCCUUUACCAAUGUUUUUCACACAUCUAUUUCAUCAUUAAUUCAAGGUGCUUGUAUAUUAAUGUUCCACUAAAAGACAAUGUUGAGGAUAAGUUUACCAUGGUUCCCUUCGUUGACUUUUUAAACCAUGACUCUGAUUCUGACGUCUACUGCACACCCUACGUGAAUAGCUUGAGGCGAGGUAAGUAUGGUUUGGGAACAUUCAGCAUUGUGGGGGGAAGCCACGAGUAUAAUCAAGUAGGUGAAGAAGUUCUCUUGAAUUAUGGUCCGCACUCAAAUGACUUCUUGCUGAACGAGUACGGCUUCACACUAGCGGAAAAUAAGUGGAAUUACAUAGAUGUCUCUCCCCAGGUUGAGUGUGUGAUAAGCGAUCCGUGCGUGCAAAAGUUCCUCGCAGAAAAAGGAUUUUGGGGCGAAUACACGAUUUCCAAAAGCGACGUAAGCUUCCGUUUAAUUGUGGCGUUUGCCGCCAAGGUUUGUCCUGAUUUGCGAAAAGUUGAAAAACUCAUGUUCGGUUACUUGACUGAGGCAUCAUUCAAUCCUCAACUACAAAGUUUACUCGAGGAAUUUUUAUCCUCACUUUUGAAGACAACGCAGUCCAGGAUCAGGUCAAUUGGGCGCAAUAUUGGCUCUGGUGACAUAUCUGUAUACAACGUUAUGAAUAUUUAUGAAGGAUAUUCGAAAAUUUUGCAGCAUCAUCUGACAGAUAGCCCGUAA